CUGUGUCAAUAUGUAUGUCUAUAUAUUAAAGCCUUUAUCUGUCAAUUUAUUUGUCUAUUUAUCUAUGAAUUAAAGAAUUCGUCUGUCAAUUUGUAUUUUGAUAUAUUGAAGUCUUUGUUUGUCAAUAUGUAUAUCUAUAUAUCAAUGUAUGCUCAAUUUGUAUAUCUUUAUAUUCACGUCUGUAUUAUCAUCAAUUACAUUUAUACAUGUAUCUACAUUUUAAAGUCCGUGUCUGUUAAUUCACAUGUUUAUAUUUAUAUUGAGGUUUGUGGCAGUCAAUUUGUAUAUCUGCAUAUCCAUGUCUUGUCAAUUAAUCAAAAUUGUCAAUUUAUCUAUCUUUAUAUUAAAAUAUGUGUCUGUCAAAUUGAAUAUUUACAUAUUCAUGUCUGUCAAUUUGUAUAUUAUUGUGUGAGUGUUAUUGUAAAUUUUUAUACAUAUACAUUAUUAUGUAGAUAUUUAUGCAUUUGUUGUCAGUACUUAAUUGUAUCUUUAUAA